AUUCUGUAGCAUAUUUAAUAAAUUAACUUUUUCACAACUUGUACACAUACAUCCAGAUGAAUAUUGAUAUUUAUUAAAUUUCGUUAUAUUAUUCAUAUUUAUUAAAUGUUACCAAUUUUCUUUUUAAUUCCUCAAAGAAAAUUUUUUAAAAAUUUUAUCUAAAUGAUAUUAUAAAAGUAGAAAUUGAAAUAUUUUAACUGGAAUUAUUCAACAUAUUUUCGCUCAUAAAAAGUUUUUUAAUGAAUUACUAAUACAUUUUCAUUUAUAAAAAAAUGAUGGACGACUUUUUUCUUGCAAAAAAAGAUGAACCUGAAGUUAUUCCAUUAGAAGAAAUGUUCAAAGGUAAAUAAAAAAUAAUAUUUAUUAUCAACAUUGAUCUUACCAAGAACAAUAAAUAUUUAUAAUUAAUUUUUAAUUUAAAAAUAUUAAUUUUUUAUCAGCAUAUUGUGAAAUGGAUCCAGUUUCUUCUGAUUUAAAUGUCCAAUUGAUUCCAUUAUCACAAAGUGACAAAUGGUUAAUUUCUGCUCGUAUACUCGAUAUGGUUACAUUAACAACUACAGAUACGGGUCUUACAUUUUUUAAAUUUCGAAAAAGGGCUUUAUCCUUUGAAGAAUAUUUAAUAUAUUUAAAAGAUUUAGCAGAAUCUAAAAAUCUAGAUUUUGAGGAUAUGAAAUAUAAGAUGCAAAUAUGCGGGAAACCUAGAAAAAACUAAUUAAUUAUAUGUUUGCAAAUACUAUAUACGA